GAAGUGUUAACUGCUCGAACCUGAAAAAGAUUGUAUUGCAGAUAGAUAUAGGGAGUUUGUAAAUAAUGUCUAAUGAAGAGGAAGCAGAAGUUAGGAGGCUCUAUCAGUGCGCAAGGAAGUAUGAAAGAAUUGUAAAACAGUUUGAUGAGUUGAUCGAGAUACUGGACAACAGAACCAGACCACCAAAACGACGACGAGUGCUAUCCUCUAGUUGUUCUAGAGGGAGCGGCAGUUCUUGUGCUCCCGUCUCCUCGAGUCAACCUGACAACAAUGAAGUAUUUGUGCAGACCAUAUCAAGGCUUCUGCGUGAACUGAGAGCUAACUCUGCAACAGAUGAUCCUGAUUGCUCCACAAGCAACGGAGAUGAUAAAUAGUUCUCUUCCAUACUCGUAUCAACUGUUA